CCUGAUUUUGUCCUCUUUCCCUAGGGUUUGUUAUUUGGUUCUCUACUGCACAGAAUAGAUAGAGUUCUGACACCCAUCAUAGUUAAGCAUCAGGAUUUUCUAAGAGGACAGAGUUAACAGUAACAUCAUGGCCUCGGCAGGACUCCAGCUCCUUGCUUUCAUCCUGGCCUUAUCCGGGGUCUCUGGAGUGCUCACCGCCACUCUGCUGCCCAACUGGAAGGUGAAUGUGGAUGUGGGCUCCAACAUCGUAACAGCCAUUGUGCAGCUGCAUGGGCUCUGGAUGGACUGUACGUGGUACAGCACCGGGAUGUUCAGCUGUGCCCUGAAACACUCCAUUCUGUCCCUCCCCAUCCACGUGCAGGCUGCAAGAGCCACCAUGGUCCUGGCAUGUGUUCUGUCUGCUUUGGGGAUCUGCACUUCCACAGUAGGAAUGAAAUGUACUCGCUUAGGAGGGGACAGAGAGACCAAGAGCCAUGCUUCCUUUGCUGGAGGAGUCUGUUUCAUGUUUGCAGGAAUCUCCAGUUUAAUCCCGACAGUGUGGUACACAAAGGAGAUCAUAACAAACUUUCUGGAUCUGACAGUUCCAGAAAGCAACAAACACGAACCUGGAGGAGCUAUCUAUAUCGGAUUCAUUUCAGCAAUGCUGUUGUUUAUCUCUGGCAUGAUUUUUUGCACCUCCUGUAUAAAAAGGAAUCCAGAAGCUUGGCUCAACCCACCCACGCAGCAGCCUAUCUCUACCACACAGCCGGAGAACAAUUCCACACGCAACCUGAGGGAUUAUGUGUAAAUAUCUGCGUAAUACAUAAUGGAACUUUUUGUGCCA